UCCACAGACAUAGUUGCGUGGGUUGGAGACAACGCCACCUGUGUGUGAGGAUUAUUAGUUUACUGAUAUUCAGUGAAGUCGAGCAGCAGCUGAGUUUCUGGUGCGGCUGGUCGCUCCGGUCUGUCAUUCAUUCAUUCAUCGCACACAAUCUGCAUAUGAACUUUGCUAUUACUUAACUUACUUGCCAGAUAGUGUCUACAGGUUAUCCCACGUGGUCACAGAAGUGUAAUAUUGAAACACCAGCUUCAAGGUGUGCUUUAAUGGCUUCUUUGUGGCAAAGUCUCCUCUCUUUUCACGACAGGAUAGUUGGCAAUGGAGACCAGAGGACGGACCCGUGGCUGCUGGUCUACUCCCCCGUCCCGGUGGCGCUCAUCUUCCUGCUGUACCUCUGUGUGGUCUGGGCCGGCCCUCGUCUCAUGAAGCACAGAGAACCCCUCGACCUCAAAGGCGUUCUCAUUGUUUACAACUUUGCCAUGGUCGCCCUGUCCUGCUACAUGUUCUACGAGUUCCUGGUCACAUCCUGGCUCUCAAACUACAGCUACCUCUGUCAGCCUGUAGAUUACAGCACCAGCCCGCUGGCAGUGAGGAUGGCCAAAGCCUGCUGGUGGUUCUUCUUCUCCAAGGUCAUAGAGCUCAGUGACACGAUCUUCUUCAUCCUGAGGAAGAAGAACAGCCAGCUGACGUUCCUUCACAUUUACCACCACGGCACUAUGAUCUUCAACUGGUGGGCGGGCGUCAAGUAUGUGGCUGGUGGACAAUCGUUCUUCAUCGGCCUGCUCAACACCUUCGUUCACAUCGUCAUGUAUUCUUACUACGGCCUGGCUGCCAUCGGCCCUCACAUGCAGAAGUACCUGUGGUGGAAGAGAUACCUGACGUCUCUGCAGCUGGUGCAGUUUGUGCUGUUCCUCCUGCACUCGGGCUACAACCUGUUUACAGACUGCAACUUCCCCGACUCCAUGAACGCGGUGGUGUUUGUUUACUGCCUCUCCCUCGUGGUCCUCUUCAGUAACUUCUAUUAUCAGAGCUACCUUAACAAGAAGAAGCAGAAAUAAGCUGCGGCGGUGAAAGUGUUACACAAACACAUCGAGGCUUUAGGAGGAGCUGACAAAGUGUUGUCGACAUGAGGGAUCUUUGUCCUGUCUGCAGUACUCACUAGUGUCCACUAGAGGGAACAACAUGCCGAACGUUUUUCAUCAUCAAAUAUCAGACAGAUACAGUCACACUUGAACAUUUUUUAUAAACUUGUACAAUUUAUGUGAAGGAUUUGUGUUCUUAGUGUCAAAUACAUGUUUACAAGACUAGGUUGAAGCCCUAGUAUAUGGCUGGUGUACGUUCAAUUUGCCAAAUUCUUACAGUGAUGUCUAUAAUGUCAAUUUCCGCUUAUUAAAUGUUCACUUCUCUGUAGUGGUCCCAGUAAUAUUUGUUCUCAAAGUGUACUGAAGUAGCGUAUCACAUGACAUGGUUAAGCUAACUCUAAGGACUGCUUUAGUUUAAUACAUUCAACAAUGUAAUCUUGCUAUUUUCAGUUUUCUUUUUGUUCUGGAUUACUCUUAUAAAGUGUUGUUGUGCUAUGCCAGGCACUUGCUGGAGCAGGACAGGUUUGCAUUACUCUCUUAAACAGGUUGCAUCUCAUGAUAAUUAUAAACAUACAUCAAAU